CAAAUGCAGUAAAGAGAGAAAGAUACAACAACACAGCUUGAAUUGCUGCCAAAAAAUUUACCCACCACCAUAAAUAAAUGAUUUAGCUUUGAAUUGGUGUAAAAAGAUUUCCUCUGGUAGGACAUCUGUUUCUCAACUCUUUGUUGAAACUUAACUACACAAUCACCCAUCUGCAACUCAACAAUUGACCAUAAAUCCAUCUUCUGCUUUCAUUUCCGACCGUUCGAUUUAUUUAUUACUCUUUAAAAAUAUGGCGGUAAAUUAACGGUUGCACAGUUGCUUUUUGUCUGAACAGUUGUGAUUAUCAGUUGCUUAUUUAAGAAAAUUUUGAUUUGAUUUGAAAAUCUGAACAUCCAAAGUGGGACCCAAGACCAAGUUCUUUGGUCUUAUCAUGUAAAAUUUCUUACUAAUUGUCUGUAAGAUUUCUUUGCCACUGUUAACACCAUUGUUUUUCUUGUGGAAGCUCUAGACAUCCAUGGCAACAGAGGAAAAUGAGACAUCCAACGGAUGGCCACUCGGGCUACAGAUCAUGGCCAUGAGGCUUCGAGUGAUGGAAAGCGUGCAGGCUGCUUCAGCAGAACCAUACUCCUCUGCACACUUGCGCUCCUCCAGUUUUUCCUCUUUCUCAUCCUCCAACCUCGACACUGAGUCAACAGCAUCUUUCUUCCAAGACAAUAGCAAGUCACUGGGCCGCCUAAUCGGCAUUCAACCACGCAAAGGCAAUGGAGAUUUGUACUUGCCAACCAGAAUUCAGUUAGACGAACGAGAAAGAAAAUCAGUUAGGAAAGCCAGCUCUGAAGUUUCCAGAGGACACAGACCAGAAGUGUCUGAAGGACUUUGCAUUCCUCUGCUUGUUGCUACCAUGGAAAAGAUGAGCAGAAGCAAGAGCAAGACAAGACCAUGAAUUUUAGCGGUGAGGGGAAAUAAACAUCAUUGACAUGUUUCAUUUUCUAAUUUCUUCUCUUCUGUUAUGUUCUAUAUUUAGAAGAAUCCAUUGUAAAUUGAACAAUUGAUGUUCUAAUUCACACCCAAUAGAGCAUUGCUAUGUUCCUUCCUGGGGAACCUGUUUUUUCU